UUAUCAGAUGAUUUUGAAUAACCUUGUUAGGUUUCAUGAAAUACAUCUCAACUGAAGUGUUUUUAUGUUAGAAACGGCUUUUGCUAAGUCAGUUAGUGCUAGCAUCUCAAGCACGUUGUGGUUGGGCUUUAUCCAAAUAGCAUACAGUUAAACAAAGUUGUUCAAAAGUUUCAGCCAUGCAACCAACUACAUAAUGUAUUGGUUCACUUGAUUUGUUAUUAUCGUAGUGCCACCAGGACUCUCCUAUAGCAAGUUGUUUAAUGAAACACAAAUCGGUGUUUAGCUAGGAUAGUUGUACACGUGUCUUUUUUUAUGUUGACUAGCCUAGUCACGGCUAGAUUAGCCUGCUGUUCGAUUAAUACUUUUCUAUUAGAUGUAGGUUCCCAAUGUGUUUGCGUUGUCUAUACAACAUGCCUUAGCACUAAACAGGCACCAUGCACUUAGCACGUGAUCAGACCACCAGCUCUGUCCUUGGAAGUUGUAGGUCGUAGCACAUUGAGAUCCCCUGCUGAUGUUUUUUUUUUUUUAAUGGAAUCAGUUUAUGGCACUUAGCGCUCUUUGGUUUAUGGUUCUCCUCAUGGCAAUUAUUUCUCUGUUGUUAGAUUCCAAACAAUGCCCUCUGCUAAACUAUGUAAAGAAAGUAUUGAAGACAACAUGUUUGCAGACAAGUAGGAAACAACAUGGAACAUUUUUAACACAUUGGGUUUUCAUUGUGUGAAAAUGUAUUUUAUUUUAUUGCUAUGGAGUAUGGACAUAGUGAUGAUUUUUAGUCAGUUAGUGUUAUGGUGUUAAAGCCUACGUGGUGACUAUAAUAUCAAGUGGUAUUAGGUAGUGAUGUUUGUGUGGUAACUAGGUUAGUUAAAUGUAUUUGUUUAAGUGAGCACACAAGCAUCAGCCUAAUUAAUGCACACCGACUAUUGUCUAUUGUGUAGUCUUUAUUUAUAUAUAUAUAUAUAUAUAUAUAUAUAUAUAUAUAUAGUCAUGUUUAUGUUUCAGGUGUGCGGACUGAAUCUACAUGCAGUGCAAGUUUUGCAGUUUUUCUGCAGUUGUCGACAAACAACCCAUGGUGGCAGAGUUGAAAGACAGAUGGCCCACUUUGUUCUUUAAAGACCAGAUUUGUGAGGAGUUUGUCCGUAUUACAAACAAAGAUUUACUUGGAACAUUCAGAGCUGCAGUAGAAAAGUAUGCGCCCCAACUGCUGAGUUUGUACCGCACCCGAAAAACAGAGUUUGGCAAGGACCUGAAGGAGAUACUGAGGAAGCUUGAUGAUGAGACUGCCAACAUCGUCAGACACCGCAAGGAAGCAGCCAUGAAAGGACUUCCUGUGUUCCUACGUGAAGAUCCUAAUCUACUUUUCAAGCAGUGUCUUGAAACUGAUCCAGAUGACGUGGCUGCCAAGGGAGUCACUGUGGGAAUUUUGUAUGUCCUUGAGGACUGUGUGGCUGAAGCCUCAUCCCCCAAGAUCCAAAACAUUGCAAUCAUCUUGGAGGAAUCCAUAGUAGCAAAGGACCUUCAGGAUACUCCCUCUGCCUUGGCCUACCUUCUCUGCCUCCUGUAUGCCCUCAAUAUACCCUAUCCGGAGGACCUUAAGUACACACUGGAAACCCUUCAGAAGGUUUUCAUGGAGAUUGGCCCAAAAUGCUCCAACCAUGUGAGAUCUCUCAAGAAAAAACUUUGUCUUUUGAAAUGAGUAAACACAGAACUUUUUUUUACACACACACACACACACACACACACACACACACACACACACAC